AUGGUCAAAAGAGGGAAGAUCCCAAGUGAGACAGAGACCGUUCCAGAAGCAGAACCUCAUAAAGAGCUUUCCUGCUGGCACAUCUGGCAACAGAUUGCAAGUGACUUAAUCAGGCAUCAAGACUUCAUGAUAAAGAGUUCCCAGGUUCCCAAACAAGGUGAUUCGCCUGGCCAAUUUGGAGCAGGACUAUUUAUAACUUACACAGGCCAGAAACUUUACCAGGAUAAUGAAUGUAAGAAGUCUUUCAGUGAUGCCUCCAACUUUGAUCUUCAUCAGCAAAUACAUUCAGGAAAGAAGUCUCAUACAUGUAGUGAAUGUGGAAAAAACUUCUGUUAUAGUUCAGCACUCCAUAUUCACCAGAGAAUUCACUUGGGAAAGAAACGCUAUAAGUGUUAUGAGUGUGGUAAGGAAUUCAGUAAGAGUUCACAUCUGAAAACUCAUCAGAAAGUCCACAUUGUAGAGAAACCAUUCAAAUGUGAGCAGUGUGGGAAAGGCUUCAGUCGAAGAUCAGCACUUAAUGUUCAUUGCAAAUUGCACACAGGGGAGAAACCUUUUAAUUGUGAAACCUGUGGAAAGGGCUUCAUUCAUGCUUCACAUCUUCGGGUACAUCAGAGAAUCCACACUGGGGAGAAACCAUUCAAAUGUGGUAUAUGUGCGAAGAACUUCCGUUGUAGGUCAGCACUUAAUAGCCAUUGUAUGGUCCACACAGGAGAGAAACCGUACAAAUGUGAAGAGUGUGGGAAAUGUUUCACUUGUAGUUCAAAUCUUCAUAUCCAUCAGAGGGUCCACACAGGAGAGAAGCCAUACAAAUGUGAGGAGUGUGGGAAGAGCUUCAGGAUGAAAAUCCAUUAUCAAGUUCAUCUGGUGGUCCACACAGGAGAGAAACCCUAUAAAUGUGACAUAUGUGGGAAGGGCUUCCGUCAGAGGUCACAUCUUACAUCCCAUCGGAAGGCCCGCUGUCUAGAGAAACCUUUUAAGUGUGAAAAGUGUGGCCAGGGCUUCAAUCGGAGUUCACGACUUCAGGAUCACCAGCUGUUCCAUACUGGGGAGAGACCACACAAAUGUGAAGAAUGUGGGAAAGGAUUCAGUCGUAGAGCAGAUCUUAAAAUCCAUGGUAGAAUCCACGAACUUGAGAAGCCUUAUAAUUGUAAGGUGUGUGGGAAGGUCUUCAUUCAGGCUUCACAUCUUCUGGUCCAUCAGAGAGUCCACAGUGGGGAAAAGCCAUUCAAAUGUGAUGAGUGUGGGAAGAGCUAUGGGCGGAGUUCACACCUUCGAGCCCAUGAAAAGAUCCACACUGGAGAAAAGCCACACAAAUGUGACACGUGUGGGAAGAGCUUUGUUCGGAGUUCGCACCUUAAAUCCCAUCAAAGAGUCCACACUGGAGAAAGGCCAUACAAAUGUGAGGAGUGUGGGAAGCGUUUUAAGUGGGGCUUGAAUCUUGACACGCAUCAGAUUAUCCACACAACAGAGAAACCAUAUAAAUGUGGGGAGUGUGGGAAGUGUUUCAGUCGGGCCUCGGGUCUUCAGGUUCACCAGAGUGUCCACACUGGAAAGAAACCAUACAAAUGUGAUGUGUGUGGCAAACUCUAUAGUCAGUCUUCACAGCUGAAAUGUCACAGGCGAGUUCACACAGGGGAGAAACCUUACAACUGUGAGAUAUGUGGUAAGAACUUCAGUUGGAAAUCAAGUAUUGUAAGACAUAACAAAAUUCAUGUGAUUUAUCCAUUUUUACAAAGAUGAUGAGAGUAAGAACAUCAAAGAAUUGUCAGAGGAAAGAAGUUCCACAAAAUGAUGUUUUAAAAACUCACACACAACCUGAAUUCUUAUCACCAGGUCUCACAGGAGAGAAAAUAGUUGUUUUAGUUUAGUCAGUGUUUAAGCAUGAGCAGAAAACAUCUGUUUUCAGCAGAUCAUGCAGCAAAGAACCUUUGUAAGUGGUGCAGUAAACACUACAUUCAGAAUUUUGACAUUUAUUAGAUGUUACUUAGGAGAUGGUGCUUAGAAGGAAAAGUUUGGUCUGGCCUUUAAUAAAAGUUCAAUGAUGUGCCCCAGUCUUUCUGCAACUAGGGUUCAGGAAUCUGGAGAAGGGACUGCGACAUAAAUGAAUAGAGACUAGACAUGAAAUAUAAAUUUGGAAGGCAUGGGGGAAAGCCGGGCGGAAAAUUAGCUCUAUUGACGAAGCUCCCCGAAUCUCCAGACCUACAGCUUUUUAUUAACACAUUUUGCCCUUUAGCAAAGCAGAUAUACAUAUCCAAAGUCAGGUUUGGUAAACAAAGGAUUAUCAGGGGAAUUGCCCUCAGCUGUUUGGCAGCAGGUAAUAAUAUGCAGAUCCUCAGCCCUGCUGAAGAUGUCCAUCAGACUUCUGAUGAACUUCUCUCAUUUAUUAUGCUUGUGACUAUCCUUCGCCUCUGGCAGUGAUGGGCAUACCAGAAUUGCUGACCAGUAAAAUGUAAGCUCCACGAGGGCAGGGCCUUUGCUGUCAUGUCUGCACAAUCUUAAUAUUCACUUGUAGAUGUGCUCAGUAAUUGUACGUAAAAGGAAAAAAUGUACAAUAUAUGAAAUCGUAUCCAGAGGAAGAAACCUGGCAAAUAAAAUUAAUUCAAGGACGUGA